UUUUCACGGACGAGCCAGCAACCUUCUGGAAGUGAGUGCCACUGUACAUUGGCCUUCCGUGCUUAUACUCCAGAUUGACGCGGAUUCCAGGUGGACGUUCGCAUGGAGAAGGCCGAAGCGCUUCUGAAGAACAUUUUAGGCCUGCUGAGCCCUUCGGCUAAAAGUAACCCGGCUUCUCCUCGGGAUGCGAAAGCAACGGGAAACCCACACAGAGAUCACGUAGCAGAGGAAGACUGGUGUGUCGGCGGUUAUCUGAAGCAGGCCAGGGCGUUGUUCUCGGGCGCGGGGAGAAAAAUGGAGGCGGAUGAGCUAAAGUGUCGGGUCAGCGUGAAGGUGUUCGGCAACGAGCUCAGCGUCUUCACCUGCCGCCAUCUGGCCGCUCGAAUGUCGCUGGGCGCCGCGGGCCUGGCGCUCAAACUGCUCAAGGGUCAGGAGGUGCAGUUGAACCACAGGGCGGCGCUCUUGACCGAGGAGUUGCUUCUGCCGUCAUUGUCCGGCUUACCUGUGAAAAUAGCCGCCAACGUCACGUCUUUUCUGUCACUGCGGCUCAAGGGGAACAUCAACUACAGAGAUAUGACUCACUUCUCUGUCGACGGUUACAUUAAACCAAGCGCUUACGUCAGCCUAUCGGCCAGGAUGGGCGUCGACGGCGCUCUGGGUAGCGCCGCUGUGGACUGGCGCUCUCAACUGGUGAGCUCGACCAGUCUGGACGGAAGUGUUCACAUGCAGGAGGGCCAAGAUCUCAGGGUCACGCUGAACACGCCGGAAAACGUUAUGGAUAUCAUGUCUCUUAGCUCGCGAGUGUUUCAGCUCAGUGGCGACCACCGAGAGGAAAUGAGAGGGCCAAAGAGUCGCGUUCUACAGACCGCCUGCACACCAAAGACCUGGUCCAAGAUGGUCGGCUGGCAACUGUGCGCCAAUGCUUCCUACCCCGCGGCUUCCGGGGGCAUCUCGCUCCCGCCCUCGGGUCCCACCCACUUCUCCGUGAGGCUGCUGAAACUGGACAGAGGUCUCCAUUACUACUUGCUUGAAGCCGCCUACUCAAUGGUGCCACCGGUAGACGGCCGCUUUCCCAAAGAAGCUUCUAUCCACCUCCUGAUGGCGACCCCUAAGUCAUCCAUCCCCAGGGACACGUCACUUGACCUGGCCUUUAACCCUCGCAGAUUUCUUCUGAGGGUAUCUCACCCACUAAAAAGUAUCCUGAUAGAAGGGCAACUGGAACGAGAGCCCGCUAUAACGACUGCAAAACUUGAGCUCAUGAUUGAUGGCGUUCAUUAUUAUCUUAUGGGUUUGGCGGAUCAGCAGACCCUCAUCUCAGAGCUAAGAACACGCUACCACGUUGAAGCCAAAAUGUCUGCCGAAAAAAAUCCCAUCAUCCUCUCUGCCAACGUCACCCACGGACUGGGGAGGAGGAUGAGCUUUUCUGCCACAGUCAAGAAUGUCUUCACCAUACCUGCGUCAUUUUCAGUGUCCCUGGAGCGAAGAAGGGACAGCCGCAUCAAACAGUACUCUCUGGAGGCGGAGCUUCUCUUACCCGGCCUGGUGGGCGGCGAGAUGCUUGGACUGCUGGAGCAAAAAGGAGCGCUCUGGAGUUCUGCGCUUCGCCUUAAAUACGGUCUGGGCGCCUUUGCAGGUGAUUCCCGACGCCUCCGUCAGGAGUGCUACACAUCCCAGAGUGUGAAGAGCGAGAGGCACGCGAACUUCACGUACACGAUGAGGGCCCAUCACGAGUUCUCCUGUUCCGACACGCCAACUAUCAACCACAAAAUCCACUUGAAGCAUGAGGAAAGCCCCGGCCACGUCAGAUCGUCUGCCGAUGUCAGCUACGGCAAGCACUGGGAUGAGAUGGACAAUAAAAACACGCUACUUUGGAGCCAGUCCUUCAAAAACCAGUCCACGCAAAACCGUACCAGCUAUAUAUUCGAGUUCAAUUUUCAGGUUCCACAAAAAGAUGUCAACUACCGCGCCCAGCUGUUGCACUCCUACCUCAGACAAGUGGGUUCUGAGAGCAGUACUCACCUGAAACUCAACUACAAUGACUUGGCGCCACUUGUGGCCGGUUUACACUGGAAAAGCCCUCCGAACGGCGGCCCGCACGAGAAAUGGGAAGGAACUUUUACCACAGACACUCCUUGGCUGUACAUUUCCACCAGCCACGAGCUGAGUCGGCACCGCCGCCACGGACUACGACUCCGCUCGGAACUCACGGCCGACAAAUGGUUGAGAGUCCGGAAUCUGGUCCUGGAGGCAUCCUACAGAGACGGGGGCCGUGAGAAGGAGGCCCGUCUCCGGCUCGGCACUCCGGCUGUCACGUUUUUACAAGUAGGUGGACUGGGAGCAGUGGGAAAGAAGACGAUGAAAGGCAGCUGUUCUUUCAGCUCAUUGUGGACUGCGCCCCUCCGAGGUCACAUCUCUCUGGAGACCUUGAAGUCCAGCCUGGAUCUGCAGAUGUCUUCCAGCUACGGCGAGCGGAACCUCACCGUGGCGGCCGCCCUCCACGCCGUUGGCAAGGUUUUAAAAAAGCGGCAAGCGACCUUGAAGUUGAUCCGGUGGGAACCCGAGAGUGGCCCUGCCGAGUUUGAGCUAGAAGGGACCGUGGAGGAACUCAUGAAGGACAAGAAGAUGUACCAAACGAUGGCGUUGCUUCAUCUUAAACAGCCUUUGGAGAUGUUUCCUCAGAAGCUUCUCCUCAGGAAGACCUUCACCGUGGACUUCCUGAAAGGCCUUUACGUCCUGGAAUCCAGAGCCGCUUCAGAUGCCACCCGAGAGAUCAUCCACACUCUGACCAUCGGCUAUAAGCUACCGAGCCCUUUUCUUUGCACGGCAUUGAUCCAUCCUUACCGCACGGAAACCAUUCCUUCAGACUCGGAGAUCUGUCUUAACACAUUCAGCAACCAAACUCAAGAAGACAUUCACGGAAAGUUGCGAGUUGGCACCAGUGAGAAACUGAGUUUUUUUGGGCAAAUUCUCUACAAUCCCUUGCAAGUGAUCAAAUUUGGAGCCAACAUCACUCAUCAGCUCCAGCUGCCAAUCCCCUCCGUCGCGUUGGUAGAGGGAGAUGUUUCCUGGAGUCCCCAAAACAGCACCCACUUUGAUCAUUCCAUAAAAGGAAGGAUGAAAAUAGAGCGGCAAGAGUGUCAACUUUCGAUGCGGCUCAACGGAACUUCCCGCAGAAUUCUUCUCUAUUCAUUUUUCAGGCAUCCUUUUAAAUUCAAGAUUCCCAAAUCUCUAGAGAUGAAAGCCAGCGCCGACGUGUCUACAGCUCCCGGCGGAGGAAGUAGCUCCGUUGGUGUGAAAGUGGAUGAGAAGGAGAGACUGAUGCUGGAUGCGCACAUUUGCCACUGGCUCCUGCUGGAAGACAAAGUCAUGCUACUGAGGUUCAACUUAACCCAAAGUUUGCUGCCAGGGCUCAAUGACUUGCGUGUCAAAAUGGCUGCCAACGUGUCCAAGCAAAGCGUGUGGUUAAACGGCUCCUACAGUGAAGGACGCAACGUUGUUUUAACUCAAGUGAAAGGCUCUCUUCAAAACAACAGCGGUCUUCAGUUGGCACUAUCAGGAAAUCUCAAUCACUCCGUGGCCCGCUGGGCUAUUCUACCCCGCACUUUGGGAUUCCACGGCACAUUGGAACGUUCUGACGUCACCAUUCGAGGACACGUGAGGGUUACGGCGGACGAGACCUUUUACUGCAUGGAUCUGAGGCAUCGGGAGGAAAAGGAAGCGGCCCGUUCCCAGAUGUGCCUUUUGUCAGAGGGUGGACAUUUUUGCAUUAAUGCGAGCGGGCGACUGGAGGAAAAAGGCCUGACGGGUGAAGUCCACGUCCAGCUGGCACACUCGUCUCAACUACUCAAUGCCACGGGUUUACCCACCGGUAGCGGCGUCCAUUUGACUUGGAACCGGGACGAAAGUCGAACAUCACUACUUGCGCAACUUCGGGCCGGACGGAAAGUUUUAAAAGCCGAGCUUGUCGGCGGCGGGACGAAGCGAUGGCAAAUCCUGGCGACGUUUCGGCACAAUUUGAAAGCGCUGCAAAAAAGGGGAAUAUCCGGUUCCGUGCGAGCCGUGGCGCAUUGCCAGAUUGACGCUGCUGCUUUGGACGCAGGCCUGCUCUUUCACACGCAAGAACAGAAAAGGAUGGAGGCCCUUUUCGUCGUCGGAAGACGAAACCGGACCGCUUUGGUUGUCGCAUCUCUCUGGCAACAGAUGGAGCUGCUGCAGGGGAUUCUACCUGCUACCUUGCAGAUGAACUGCACGGGGGACGCGGCCGAAGGGCAGCUCUCCACGCGCUGUUACGGAGAAUUAGCGGACGACGACGCGGAGAGUCUUCUACCCUCGCAGAUGUCAAUGAACAUCUCCGUCAGCCCUUCUGGUUCCUCUACAAAUCUUCGCAUUGGAUUCCUGGCUCAGGAUGAACACAAAGGAAGCAUUGCCGUGUCAUUUGGCUUUCAGCCCUGUUUUAGUGUCGACGCGUCGUUCCGGCACUCCGUGGAGGCAAUACGCGCACUAGGGGUUCCUUCUGAAGCCGUGUUCGUUGUCAAGGGUUCCCGCUAUCAGUCCGGGGCUCGGUUUACCGUGGACAGCUACCGGCUGCUCGACUCGGGUGUGAACGUGAGCUGGGUCGACGGACGUCUGGCGGCGCUCGUGUCCUUCUCUCCCUCGCUUUUAAAUCAAACGUGGAAACGCUUCAAUCUCAACACCGCGCUGACUACGCAAUUUAAAGGCCCUUUAAGGAGCAUAUCGGUACAUGCCCAAACUGGAGAUCGGAGGCUCGUACUGGUGGCGGACGUAGAGGGUUGGGGACUACGAGGAGCGUCCAAAGAGGGCCGACUUACUCUCAAGCAGACCAGAGAUGGCGACUCCCGUCCGGCGUUGCAGGCGGAGGCCUGGGGAAGACUCUCCCAUGCGCAGCUCAAGUGCUCGUUGGCGGUCAAUCCGGAAUUGGCGUCCUCGCUGGCCGUCAUCAUCCAAGGGCACCGUCUGCCCAACGGCAAGGAGCUGCUGGUCAAGGUGGUCCAGAGUAUUCCCCAGAUGCAAAUCUACUUGCCGUCGCACUUGAAUUUUCGCUCGCAGCUGAAUCAAUCCCAGUCCGGCGUGGGAACUUUGGUGGAGCUGGUGUCCGGCAAGAGGCGGCUGUGGACGCUCGGGGAGUUGGCGCCCAUUGACGGAGGGUACCGACAGUCGCUGGAGCUCAAACACUCCUACCCUCAGUUGAAGCUUCUUCCGAGAACCGUUCGGGUGAGGACGGUGUACGAAGCCAAGAACUGGACUUACCUGCUGCAACACGGAGCCCUUUUUGGAAAGCAGGAGUUCACUUUGGCCGGUCUUUACGCCGCACCGCCGUCAUUGGAGGAUGGCAAUCAGACCCUCAAAGUCGAGAUGAAGUGCCGGCCCAGUCGGAGCAGUUUGGAGGUGACGCUGGAGCGCUUCAAGCUAGGCCGCUUGGAUAGCGUUUCUCUUGGCUGGAUGAGACGAGGUCGACCUCAGCAGGUCAGCGCUCUCGGCCGGUGGCUUCGAUCCAAAGAGAUGAACGAGAGCAAUUUGGAGCUGAGGCAACCCUUCUCCUCAUCGCUCAGCCGGCUUUCCCUCCGCACGCUCUCGCGCAGCUCGGAAAAAGAGCAGCGCAGCGUCCGACAGAGCCAUCUCUCAUGGGUGAGCGGAAUCCCGGUCAACAUCUCCUUCAGCCUCAACAAACAAUGGCAGCUCAACUCCAGCGGAGGGCAGGCUUGUGCUCACUUGUCAAGCCAAAACAUGAAAGGUUGCGUGUCCGUCAGCCAAGAAGGAAACGUCUUUUCCCAGAACGCUGAGCUCAGAUGGAACAACAAGAGUGUUAAACAAGGUGUCAGUUAUCAGAAAGGUGUUGGAGGAACGCACAAGCUCCAGUUGAAUGUGGCCCUGGACAAGGCGUCCCCUGGACAUUGUUCCUCACAUUCAAUCCUAACUAAAAUCCUAAGCAACCUCAGAGAUGGCUUGGAGUACAGCGUCUUGCUCGGCCUCUGCCCUUCACAGCCUCCGCUGUUGUGGUCGGGUCGCCACCGGCUGAACUCGGGAGAAGAGCUUUUUUACACGGAGUCGGGCCUGUCGGUCACGGGCCGACCAGACCUGUGCGGCUUCACGCUCGCUCUCACCAACACGUCGACGGCUCGCGGCUCCGACGUGACUCUUUUCACCGAGUCUAGAAUGGGGAACUGGAGCGUGGAGGUCAGAGGCAGCGCCUUGUCACGGCCCCGGGGUCCCGCUCUUCUCAUACACACCAGACUUGACCGAAGGGAGGAGAUCUGGUUGAACGCCACCUCGAGCGAAAGCUGUUUUCGGACCGCGGCGGGUUAUAAAAAUGGUUCAGGUCCAAGCGAGGAGCUUUCUGUCCUGGCCUGUUUGGGGAAAAGUUCCAAUUUGAUGCUGGAUGUGGAAAAAACAAUUGGCGGCGCUCAACCCGAAACUUUGGCAAGUGUGUCGGUGGGAGCGGCCAGUCAGAGGCUGACCUUCGCUGGAAGAGGCUGCGUAGAGAGUCUUACUGUCAUAGAGGCACGGAUUCGGGACGUGAGCUCGACGAUUAAGAAUAAGCUCUUGGAAAGGAUCAAGACAAUCAAGCAUCUUCUUGCUGAAUUCAGACAGCAGUUCAGAGGGGACCACUUGCUCCGAGAGUUGAACGCCAGGGCUCUGCUCGUCACCCAGCGAGCCGAGUCUCUGCUGGAAGACGAAGCCUGGAGUUGGCGGGCUCUGCGCUCCCUCCGACACGUCGUCGUCGACGCCCUGCCUCGAUGCCUCGGCCUUUUACGUCGCGCCUCGCUGCAGGGACAGCAGGAGUUGAGGAGGCCCCUGGCCACUCUUGCGGCCGUCUACCAGGAUAUAAAAGGCCAGAGCUUGGAGUCUGUGUGGAGGGAGGCUCUUGUUUUGUGGACCCGCAAGCUCGGGCGAGCCUUUCCGGCCCCGCUGGCUCGAGGAAACGUAGAGGACCUCGGCCGUGCUGUGGAUUUGGUAGGCCAGUACACCUACCACUGGAUGGAGAGCAAGAUGGCAGAGGCUCUUUCUGGACUCCGGAAACAACUGGCAUCAAUGUACCAAUACUCCCCCAGUGAGUGUUCUACAUCUGCAUCGAUACGACUGCCGCCCCUGCGUUGGUCCCGUGCGGCCGAGGUCGGCGCGGUGAGCCUCCUUUUAGAAGAGUGGCUCCUCAAACCCCUGCAAAGCCUCUCCUCCAUUCGACCCUCCGCGGAAUUCUACCGUCUCAAGAGGAAGAUCAUUGGCAACCCCUUUAUUCAUCAAGCUCUGCUGGCGGAGGAUCGCUUCGUCGUCACUUUCGACGGCCAUCUGUACGAGCUGCCCGGCCGCUGCCCGCUUAUUCUGGCCCAGCAUACCGGCAUCGAGCCCUCCUUCACGCUUCUUCUCAAUUCGCACCCGCGCAAUUUCCUCCUCUUGGGGUUGAACAACAGCACUGUCGCCAUUCGGCGCGAUGGACAGGUGGAGGUGGAAUGCAACCGCACGGUGACGAACACGUGGCGGAGCGACGACGGCGUGACGGUCCGUAGAGGAUCGCGCACGGUGCACGUGUCCGACGGCAACGGCGUGUCGCUCUCGUGUGACCUGAGACUCCGAGUGUGCAGCUGGACUCUCCACGGAUGGUUGCACGGCACGUCGACCGGUCUGCUGGGGACCAAUGACAACGAAGUGGGGAACGACUGGCUGUUGCGCGACGCUUCCCAAGCUGAAAAUAAGAUGGAAUUUUUCCACAGCUGGCAGAUGAAGUCUGAGUGUGUGAGACCGCCAGAUACGGGAGCGAAGAGGGGCGUCACGUGUGACUUUCUCUUCUCCUCCCCCGAUUCGCCGCUGAGUUCCUGUUUUCGAGUUGUGGAUCCCGCUCAGUUCUCCUCGACGUGCCGGUCGAGCUCGUUCUCGGCACCGUGUCCGUUAGCUUCCGCUUUUGUCCAUCUUUGCCGACUAAACUACGUCCCCCUGGAAGUCCCUUUCCCGUGCGCGGAAGAAUAAAGAGGAGCGUGAUUACGAGGAGCCAAAAUGAGUGAUUAGACGAGGACGGCGUUCCUCUCAAUCACGACGCGGAGCCAUUAUGCCAAGAACUAACAGUGACGAUCUGUUUAAUAUUAAUAACAAGACUUGUUGUUUGAUCGGUGUCCACCAUUUAUUGAAUUCUCAUCCGCACCUUUUCCUUAUUUGUAGCCCGAAAUACGCUGAUAUAAUUGUGUAUCUUGGACUUCUGCUUCUGGGUGAGACGCCAGAUCCAGACAAUGUUAAAAGACAAGCCCAAGUGGAAGUUCUGAGGGAAUGACAGCUUCACCUGAGGAAAAUCAAUAGCCCUUUUAAUUUCUGCCUUAGUCUUUAGAACGAAAAUACUUAUUACUCAUAUUUUAGUCAUUUCAAAACCUGUCUGUGCUCAUCACCAAAAUAUGUCUGUGCCUCUUCAGUUUUGUGUUAUAAACAUCGUGCAAGUUUGAUAAUCAUCCUUUUAUUGAUUCUUGAGCUAUCUUGAACACAAAUAUACAGAUAAACUGUGACUCCAAAUUCAAUCAUAAUAAAAGGGAUUUUUUAAGGGUCAAAG